GGGACUGCAUCGUGUCGGUGCAGUUUAUAUUUAAAAACACAACGAAUAUCCCAAAAAUAUGGUACCUUUUUUUCUCUCUGUUUGGUUACAGAGAAAGUGAAGUUUCCAUUUGUUCUAGCAGUUUCAAAUUUCCCUCAUUUCUGUAGUUUUUGAAUCCAAAUCUCUUAAAAUCUCUGCACUGCUUUCAUUUCCACCUUGUUCUGUAUACUCUUUUUUCCCCUUAAAAUCGGAUCUGGGAUCUUUCUACUUUCUUUCAAAGGGUCUGAUAUUAAGGGCUUCAUUGGGCAAAACUUAUAAGGCUUGUAUAUUAAGUUAAAUUUAAGCUGCUAUUGUGAUUUUAAAGCUUGAAAGUUGCUAAAUAUAUCUUCGUGGGAGGCCAUUUAUUGUGUAGGGGCUGAUUCUUAAGGUUGUGCUUUGGAUUUGUCCAUGGAUGAGAUGGUUUCUAAGUUUAAAGAUUUAGAACUUGGCCUUGAAAAUGGAGUAGCUCUUAGUGUAGGUGAAGAUUCUAGGUUUUCUAAGGUUGAAGUCAGUUCCGUCGAGGGGUCUUUGUCCAGUGAUGCUUCGAAUUCCGGUAGGGUUUGUGUCGAGAAUUUGCUGUCGGUUAAUGUAGAGGGACAAGAGGAUAAAAGUGGUAAGGAGAAUAAGUUAGUGAAGGAGAAACGUAAAAGCUUGGGUAACAAGAAACCUCCUAAACCUCCUAGGCCACCUAGAGCUCCGUCGUUGGGGGCGGCUGAUCAGAAACUAAUCAAGGAAAUUGCAGAACUUGCACGGUUGAAGCGUGCGAGAAUCGAACGGAUGAAAGCAUUGAAGAAAUUGAAAGCUACUAAGCCGGCAACAUCUUCUAGUAGCCACAUGUUUGCAAUGGUGUUCACUAUCAUUUUUUGUCUUGUCAUAAUGUUUCAAGGAAUGUCUCCUGGAAGCACACCGUCGACUUACCAAGGCUCUCCUUCCCCAGCAGAAAGUGGUUUAACCUCACUUCAAUCCUCCGGAAAUCCAUCAGCAAGCGUUCGAAAUCAACCCGAUUCUCAAUCUCCCUAUUUAGUGGAACAGGUUGCAGGUUUAGAAUCCCAUGGAAAGCUAUCAAAAUCUUCUGGAUGAAAGUACAAUUGUGUGUUUCACUGCAAAAGCCAUAUAUAUUUUUUCAUGGUAAUUUAUAUCCCUUGUAUAUAUGAUGUUAUGGAGUUAAAUUACCAUGUAAAAAAUCUUUGGUCAUGGUUCUCAAUAAUCUUAUGUAAUUUUUUUCCAUAAAAGACAUCCCAUUAAUAAAAUAUAUAUGGUUUAGGGUAUUUCUUGUUUUUUUUUUAAUCAUAUUAUUUAGGGUGGAUUUGGAUGAGCGGUGUGUUUAUUUAUAGUUAGUAUAAAAACAGCGGUGAUAGUAAGAUUAUGCGAAUCACUUAUCCGAACUCAACCUUAAAUGAAGAUGUUUGAGCUUUUUAUUUUUAUUUGAUUUUAGAUGUGUAAAUCAAACAAUAAAUAAAUAAAUAAAUAAUAUUAUUUUUGUCGAAUUUUGAAGAAGAA